UGAAUCAAAUAUUUAUACAAAACCUUUAAUAAUUUCAAAUCAACUUUAAUUUCUUGUUCUUGAACUCUUUACCUCACAGCGAUCGGAUCGAAGCAGGCAUGGGUGGUGGAAACAGAAGAUCAAAAGGAAGAGGAAGACGCAACAACAACACCAAUGGCAACGUCACUCCAACAAAAAACCCUAAAUCCCGAAACAGAAGAGGUUCCGAUGUCAAAACGCAUUCUUUAUCGAUGGUGGUUUCGUGUCCGAUUGGCACCUUCCCUCUCCCGCCAACACUCCAGGAUGUCUUGCCAAAUGAAAAGCCACGCAUGACCAGUGCCCAGUUGAGAUUGCCUAUUCUACAAACUUCAGCUGUUGGGAGUUGAUCAUGAGGAUGUCUAUUUUUUCUGUUGCUCACUAUGUAUAAAUAAGAAAUAUGUUAGUGGAAACAGAAGAGUGGGAAAGAAACAUACUAAACAGAACAAUUUUAGGUUGCAAGAAGUUCAAUCUCCCCAGAACAAAGUUCUCAGGCAGCCAUAAAGUGAAGGACAAGAGAUAAAGUGGACAAAAGGGUUCAUAAGCUAAUCAGCCUGUCUCAUUUGUAUCAAGUGGCAUGAUCCCUUCUGAAACUGUACCUGUUACAGUUGUUGCAGCUGAAGAGACUCAUAGGAAGGGUGUCACUAGCUCUGCUAAUAUAGGUUCAUUUGAAGAACACUCUACUGGUUUUGGUUCAAAAAUGAUGGCUAAAAUGGGAUACAUGGAGGGAGGAGGAUUGGGGAAAAAUGGUCAAGGUAUGGCACAACCUGUUGAAGUUAUUCAAAGGCCUAAAUUGCUUAGUUUGGGUGUAAAAUUCUCCAACAACCCAGGUGAGCCAGUUGGGAGCAUAUCAUUAGGAGUUGGUGCUGAAUCUUUUGGUUUGGGUGUAGGAUUGUCCAGCAGUUCUUGUGAACCAGCUAGGAACAAACCUUCAAGAGUUGGUGCUUUUGAAAAACAUACCAAAGAUUUUGGGUCUAAGAUGAUGGCAAAGAUGAACUUUGUUGAAGGUAAGGGAUCAGGUAAAGAAUCACACGGCAUCACCAUCCCAUUGACUGUUCUAAGAUAACCAAAGUCAUGAGGACUAGGUGCCAAAAGUUAAUUUAAACAUAAUUUAUUUUCUGUCUUUGUAUGUAAUUGUAUUAUGUGUUGCUUAAACCUUAUGAUUCUGUCUUGUAAUUUAGAUUUAGUAUGGGAUGACCAUCUCUUGAAUCACUCUGUUAGAAUUACUAAUUCCAGCUCCGUUAUUUUCUUUUUUAGAUAAUUGUCAUAGUAAAAGGCAAGUCAUCAAAGACUAUUAUGUCACCAAAGCAUUCUUAUGUACGAACUAUGAAUUCUUUAAUGCUCUGGUUACUCUCUGGUUAUCGUA